GAGCGAGGCUGCCAGAGCUGAGCGCGUCACUGUCGCUUGGAGAGACACUGUGCUGCCCAAUAGGCAGUGGCGCUCGCUAGUCGCCGGGUGGGAGCAGAGAUAUAAAAGUGCCGAAACAAACCCCCAGCGUAGCGAUCUGGGGCUGCCAGGCUUCGCGCUACGCUCUGCCACAGCCGGCGCGCUCUGCAGCCGGCACCCCGCCUGCACGCUCAGAGCCGGCGGGGCCCCGGGACGCGCUCUCCCAGCGGAGCACUGCCUCCUGCACAAUGGUCCUUCCCUUCUUUCUGCUUUUCCUCCUGCACUUGGUGAAAGCAGCAGAGCGCCCCGGGGGCCAGGAGGACGAGCGGAGCCUGGAGGCAGCCCUGGGCGCGCCCAAUGCUUCGCACUUCUUCUCGAGCAACUACACCUUCUCCGACUGGCAGAACUUUGUGGGCAGGAGGCGCUAUGGGGCCGAGUCCCAGAACCCCACAGUGAAAGCCCUGCUCAUCGUGGCCUACUCGUUCAUCAUCGUCUUCUCGCUCUUCGGCAACGUCCUGGUCUGUCAUGUCAUCUUCAAGAACCAGCGGAUGCACUCAGCCACCAGCCUCUUCAUCGUCAACCUGGCCGUGGCCGAUAUCAUGAUCACGCUGCUCAACACCCCCUUCACUUUGGUCCGGUUCGUGAACAGCACAUGGGUGUUUGGGAAAGGCAUGUGCCAUGUCAGCCGCUUCGCCCAGUACUGCUCCCUGCACGUGUCCGCCCUGACGCUGACGGCCAUUGCUGUGGAUCGCCACCAGGUCAUUAUGCAUCCCUUAAAACCCAGGAUCUCAAUCACAAAGGGUGUCCUCUACAUCGCUGUCAUCUGGACCAUGGCUACGUUCUUUUCACUCCCACAUGCUAUCUGCCAGAAAUUAUUUACCUUCAAGUACAGCGAGGAUAUUGUGCGCUCCCUAUGUCUGCCGGACUUUCCUGAGCCAGCUGACCUCUUCUGGAAGUACCUGGACCUGGCCACCUUCAUCUUGCUAUACAUCCUCCCCCUCUUCAUCAUCUCAGUGGCCUACACUCGCGUGGCCAAGAAGCUGUGGCUGUGCAACACCAUCGGCGAUGUGACCACGGAGCAGUACCUUGCCCUGCGACGUAAAAAGAAGAAGACUAUCAAGAUGCUGAUGCUGGUGGUGGUCCUCUUUGCCCUCUGCUGGUUCCCCCUCAACUGUUACGUCCUCCUCCUAUCCAGUAAGGUCAUCCACACCAACAACGCCCUCUACUUUGCCUUCCACUGGUUCGCCAUGAGCAGUACCUGCUACAACCCCUUCAUCUAUUGCUGGCUGAAUGAGAACUUCAGGGUUGAGCUGAAGGCAUUACUGAGCAUGUGCCAGAGGUUGCCCAAGCCUCAGGAGGACAGGCCACCCUCCCCAGUCCCUUCCUUCAGGGUGGCUUGGACAGAGAAGAGCAGUGGGCAGAAGGCUCCACCAGCCAACAACAUUUUGCCCUCCUCCCAACUCCAGUCUGGGAAGACAGACCUGUCGUCUGUGGAACCCAUUGUGGCAAUGAGUUAGAGGGAGUUGAGAAGCGGCAGAGGGAGGGAUCUGUCUCCAGCAGAGGCUGGGCAAGGGCCUGUCCUCUUGCACAGUCUUUACAGUGCCAGGAACAAGUUCCUGCAGAAGCUGCAGGACUCUUGAGCUCCUAGGAAACUCUGCCCAGCCUUCUACCCCUAUUUGAUGUGAAAACCAAAAGGCACCUAUCAACUAGGCGUGUAUGUUUAAAUCUCCAGCUAAGAAAUGCUGUGAGGUAUAGCAACCUGCUUCCCUUGGGAGAGAACCGAGGGCAACUUUGACCCAGAAGGGGCUGAAUUGGCCACUGCCUCCAACAGCCAGGCAACCACCUUAUAACCCUUCCUGCUACUGAGCAUCCAUGAAGGGACCCAAGGCAUACUUUGAAUGCGGCUGACCAGUGCAUGGAGCUCUGCUUGGAACAGGUCCAUGGGCGGCUGAUGUGUUUGCAAAUCUGAGCUGGCCCAGAGUGUUUCAUGCCUGACCUUCUAAAGGCAUGGGACUGGGAUGAAUCUCAAGUUUUCAAUGGCCCAGCUCUGUACAGGAUGACAGAGGACCAACAUGGGUUCCUUAAAAUGAGAAGAGAUUAUCACCCCUGUGAAAAAUUCAGAAAAGCACAAAGAAAAAGAUAAGAAUUGCUUCAUUAUCCUGUCGAUUUGUGUAACUCCUGUUAAUAUGCUGUGGAUUUAUUCUCUCUCUCUCUCUGUGUGUGUGUGUGUGUGUGUGUGUGUGUUCUGAACUGAGCACUUCCAUUUAAUGAUCAGCAAGAAAUGGGCAGAGCAGAGAACUGUCAAGCCCUUCUCCCUGGAGAGUGCCCACCUGAAGAAGCCAAGUACAGGCUGUCUCUCACCGACAGAACUGGACCUCCAGCCAGUGGGAAGGGCCUGGCUCAAGGGCCUCCUCAGAUGUCAGCAAACAUGGCGAACUGGGGACCCAUCCCCAGUCUAGAGGCAUCAUUCCUCCUCUCUGACCAUCCCACGGAAACAAGAGGUGGUGAAACAUGGUUCUGUAUUCACAGGAGAUGAAAGAGCAGGCUUUCCAAUAUGUGGGAAGUAAUUAUGCUUAGACACCUCGUCCUCUCAAGCUGUCUAGACAGACCAUUUUUCUGUGUUGUCUGAAUAAUGAGGUUUUUUCACACCAGUUCCUGAAAGAAGGCUCUUCAUCAGCAUCGCCCUAGUAAUUCACAUGUCACAGAAACCUAUGGGAUCCUUAAGGAACUAUAUUCCUUAGGGCCCAACUUGUCUGAGGAAUCUCAUUCCAGAGACUGGUUGUUUCCACUACCACCUUGCAUCUGGUUCCAGGUAACUCACUGUGUUACUCAGAAGAGAGACUUGUCAGGCAGCAUCAAGGUGAAAUCACCAGCCAUAAACAAUGCUCCCAUUACCCAGUUUUAGGUUUCCUUCUAGCCCCAGGUACACCUGAAAGCAAAGCACAGAUAUGGAGCCGAGUGGGAAACCAGGGGAGAAGGGGUUUGUCCAAGAUUCGCUUAGGUCUCUUGGCUGUUAAUUGGCAAUAAACUCAGUCCCAGCUACUGCUUCACUAUACUGAACAACAAGGCUCAUUAUACUCGUCUCCGUAUUUAUUAGAAUGUUUGAAAAGUUGAUGCAAAAUUGUAAAAAGUCAUCUACUGCAGAGUGGGAAAGAGAGUGACUCUCAUGGGACAGGGAGAGUUGUCUUAGCCCACGGGAGUGCCGAGUGAGUUUUUUCUGGGCAGAUGCUCAUGUGCCUCUGGUAUUGUCUCCAUGUAUCAAGAAGGAGCUAAUGGGCCCAGUCAGUGGUGUGGUGUUUAAGGCAGCGAGUUCCCACAUAGCUGACUGUGCAUUCUGAAUCCCAGGCCCAGAGGCUUGAACUGCACAUGAGGUACAUGUGAGUGCAUGCCCACAAUCCCAAAAGGAGAAUGGAAGAGAAGGGAUUGCGAUGUGGCCAUCCCCCAGUGAGGGGAGCACUUUCUCACAAUCUCUAUCUCCUCUUGUCUCCCCUGGCAAGCACACAGGCCCUGUAUCAAAUUUUAUUUUAUUUUUUGCCUUAGGGUGUGUGCACUCACUGAAGAGAGAGAGAGAAUUCA